UGAUCGUCUGAUUCUUCUUAUUGCAUACAUCUUUCUAUACAACAUUUGCCAACCAACGUUUCUUUAAAGGAUUGGACACUGAGAUUAGUUCUAUAAUAUUUUUUAUGCCUACCAGUGUUGGUUCAUCAACCACUGGUCGUACCAAACCCUCUCUUUAUGAUAAUGGAGGAGAGAGUGACCACGGUUUUUAAGAGCCGCCGCUGCUACAAUGGGCCUAUCUCGUAGUCCUCAUAAACCGGGCUAGAACUACGGGCUACGGCGGCGUGGCCCAAUUCAACAAAUAACAACAACAGUAGCAUAUCAUCUAAAUAUAAUAUUAUACGAUACUAUACUUAAAAAAGAUAAAAACAAGAUCCUCUGGGACCCACUUUCAUGAAAAUUAGCCAAUUGGGUAAGCCUUUGAUCCUUCAUCUCUCGCUAAACCAUAUCUUCAAACGUCAACUCCCCAAACUUCGUCGGCGAUUCACCGGAGGCUAUGGCAUCAAUUUACUCCUCUUUAACCUACUGGCUCGUUAACCACCCCUACAUCUCCAAUUUUACUUGGAUCGAAGGUGAAACCCUAGGCUCCACCGUCUUUUUCGUAUCCGUCGUAGUCUCCGUUUACCUCUCCGCCACGUUCCUCCUCCGAUCCGCCAUCGAUUCACUCCCAUCACUCAGUCCACGUAUCCUCAAACCGAUCACAGCCGUCCACAGCCUAAUCCUCUGUCUCCUCUCCUUAGUCAUGGCCGUCGGUUGCACUCUCUCAAUAACCUCAUCUCACGCGUCUUCAGAUCCGAUGGCGCGUUUCCUUCACGCGAUUUGCUUUCCCGUCGACGUUAAACCUAACGGACCGCUUUUCUUCUGGGCUCAAGUCUUCUACCUCUCGAAGAUCCUCGAGUUCGGAGACACGAUCCUCAUCAUACUCGGCAAAUCAAUCCAACGGCUAUCCUUCCUCCACGUGUACCACCACGCGACGGUUGUGGUCAUGUGUUAUCUCUGGCUCCGAACUCGCCAAUCGAUGUUUCCGAUUGCGCUCGUGACGAAUUCGACGGUACACGUCAUCAUGUACGGUUACUACUUCCUCUGCGCCGUUGGAUCGAGGCCCAAGUGGAAGAGAUUGGUGACGGAUUGUCAGAUUGUUCAGUUUGUUUUCAGUUUCGGGUUAUCCGGUUGGAUGCUCCGAGAGCACUUAUUCGGGUCGGGUUGCACCGGGAUUUGGGGAUGGUGUUUCAACGCUGCAUUUAAUGCUUCUCUUUUGGCUCUCUUUUCCAACUUCCAUUCAAAGAAUUAUGUCAAGAAGCCAACGAGAGAGGAUGGCAAAAAAAGCGAUUAGAUUGGUUUCUUGGACAAUAAGUAAAACCUCUCAUUGUGUCUUGAAUUGUUGAUUAGUUUCCACACAAAAGGAUUAAUUGUCUUGAAUUGUUGUUUAUUUUGAAAUUUUUGUCUGUGUUGUACUUGCAAAUGUUGAGAUACUUUUGUACUUGUAUGAAUAUAAGAUGACAGAAAAUAUCAAAAUAUCACAAAAGUCAUGACAUGGACUCAUCAUCUCUAAUUCUUUGACUGAAAAGUACGUUCAAUCUAAAGAAUUCAUGCAAUGAUGUAAGCAAGAAUUGAAUUUAAA